AUGGCGGCCUCCUGUGUGUCCUACUGUGCUGCACUUUCCUGACCACUCUUUCUUGGGGGCAGGGUUAACCUGGCUCGUAGGCAAGUCCUCUGGAAAGCUGCAGCUGCAGAGCUGCAAACAGUUUCCGAAUCCCAGAUAUUAAGGCUAAGACAUACUACAGUUGUAACAACAAAGAAAAAUGUGGCUUCCUUAAGACGUGAAACCUACACAGUGGAUUUUAUUAAAAAGCAGAUUGAGAAGUUCAACCUAGGAAAGAGACAUUUAGCCAACAUGAUGGGAGAAGAUCCAGAAACUUUUACACAAGCGGAUAUUGAUAGAGCUAUUGCUUAUCUUUUCCCCAGUGGUUUAUUUGAGAAGCGAGCCAGGCCAAUAAUGAAGCAUCCUGAACAGAUUUUUCCGAAACAAAAAGCAACCCAGUGGGGAGAAGAUGGUUGUCCAUUUCAUUUUCUCUUUUAUACUGGCAAACAGUCAUAUUAUUCAUUAAUGCAUGAUGCUUAUGGAAAACUACUCAAUUUAGAAAAACAUAAAAAUGAGUUGUAAGCCAAAGGUCUGUUUUCAGAGGAAGCUAAAACCAAAGACCUGAUUGGCAGCAGAUGGCUGAUUAAGGAGGAAAUAGAAGAAAUGUUAGUGGAAAAACUGUCAGAUCAAGAUUAUGCACAGUUCAUUCGGCUGCUGGAAAGGUUAUUGACACUGCAGUGUGGUGCUGCUGAAAAAGAAUUUUUGCAGAGCUUUCGUAGGAGUGUAACUAUUCAAUCAAAGAAACAGCUGAUUGAGCCUGUGCGGUAUGAUGAGCAGGGAAUGGCCUUCAGCACAAACGAAGGUAAGAGAAAGAGUGCAAAAGCAGAGGCAGUUGUUUAUGAACAUGGAAGUGGAAGAAUAAAAGUUAAUGGAAUCGAUGACCUACUUUACUUCCCUGUGACACAGGACAGAGAACAGUUGAUGUUCCCUUUCCACUUCCUGGACCGACUUGGAAAACACAAUGUGACCUGCACAGUCUCGGGAGGUGGGAGGUCAGUGCAAGCUGGAGCAAUACGCUUGGCAAUGGCCGGAGCUUUGUGCAGUUUUGUCACAGAGGAAGAGGUUGAGUGGAUGAGACAAGCCGGACUACUUACUGCUGAUCCACGCAUCAGAGAACGGAAGAAGCCAGGCCAAGAGUGAGUCCGCAGGAAGUUCACCUGGAAGAAGUGCUAA